GCUGCAAGGAGUGGCAAGAACACUACUACUGGGAGCACAUGGAUGUGAAGAUCAGGUUCUGCAAGCUCAUGACACGAGAUCUCGCGCAGGGCAUUGCCAAGUUGAGCAUAUGUUAGAUGGUCUAGAUGACAUGGAUGGUGUCGAGGAUGUGCGUUUUGAUGAGCUCAUAGGCAUGCAAGGCGUAGUAUUUCACUUGGUUGGGAACGCAAUUACACGCAUACCGGACAAGUUUGCGAGCAGUUUCAUCAGACAGAUGCAGACCUCAGAGGGGCUCGACCUGAAACUGAAAGCACCGAGCGGUGAGACAUGGCAUGUGGGUGUCAGCAAGGUUGCCAAUGAGCUGUUCUUGAGGUCAGGAUGGGGAGGUUUCGCUAAGGCUCAUGAACUGCAGGAGAAUGACCUCUUGCUCUUCACAUGCACUGGCAAUGCCUCCUUCGAGGUCCUAAUCUUCGACCCGAGUGGCUGCGAGAAACUGUCUCCUCUCUUCGCCGGCAGAAUGCGCAAACACUUUGACAAUAUGGUGGGUCAAGGCGGCGUUGAGCAAUACCCUGAUUCUGAUGAUACUAGGGUGCCGUCUCAGUUUGUUGGAUCCCCUCAAAAGGCCUCUACUUCAAGAAAAUGCAGUGGCAAAACUAAAUCAAGCAAAGAGCUUCCUGAAUCACCAAGCAGCACCAGCUGUCAUGUUAAGCUUGAGGCAACUGAGGAACAGAAGAGUGAUGAUGACACAUGCACUGAGCCCGGUUACUACUCUUCGAGGACUGCAAGUCAGCUAAAUGAGGAUGAAAAACAGGAAAUCAUGGAGCGUGCUUCCAUCCGACCGGGGAAUCCCGCAUUCGUGGUGGUUCUGCUGAUGACCCAUCUCCAACGCAAGAACAACUUUCUGACCAUCCCCAGUAAAUUUGCAGCUGAUCAUCUUCAGAGCAAGCCGCGUGAGGUCCUGCUGCUUAGGCUGAGCAGAGAAGACAAGUGGCAUGUCAGGUGCUACUAUUCCAGCAGGACCAGAUGCUUCAACUGCCAACGUUGGGUCAAGUUUGUGAGGGACAAUGGGCUGCGCGAGGGCGACGUCUGCGUCUUUGAGCUGAUCAAAGGCGCAAGGAAGAUGACAACGAUGACCGUCCAUGUCGCCAGGAGGAAGAAAGAUGGCCGGUUUGUCGCCGGACAAUGGGCUGCGCGAGGGCGACGUCUGCGUCUUUGAGCUGAUCAAAGGCGCAAGGAAGAUGACAACGAUGACCGUCCAUGUCGCCAGGAGGAAGAAAGAUGGCCGGUUUGUCACCGUGGGCUAAUUAUAAGUUCCUGCCCACCCUUUCUCCUACAUUUUGGUAUGCAAUAUGUUGUACCGACCUGCCACUCCAAACUGAACCUGCUGUACCUGGUGAUGCAUUUGCAUGAAAAUGCAAUGGCACAUUUUUUAGCCUUGUUAAUGAUAAUCAUGCUAACAAGCACUUCAUUA